AUGAACCAGCCACUGAGAGAUAUUAGAGUAUGCAAACUCCCUUACAGUAUCAACGGACAGGCCACACUGAAGGCGCAGCCAGAAUUCUCAAGGCCCGCAAGCGCAUCACGCCCCUUUGGGCGCUUGCUUUUGCUAUCAUUGCGCGGACCCGUAUUAUUCGAAGGUCUAUUCAACCCCAAUAUCAGCCUAACCACAGAUGAGUGGAAAGACCUGAUAGAGAGCGAACUGGAUUCAAGCAUCCCCGAGGGUAAAAUGAUCCAAUGUCUCGCCCGUGUCCCCGAUAUCCUCCACCAAGCCAGAAAUAUAGACAACACGGAAGAAAGCGGCCUCCUCCUUCAUCUCCAAACAGAGCUGCGAGCGUUAUACACCAUAUCCCGCACCAUCUGCACCCAGCUCCGCGCCCGACUCCUCGAACUCGAAGCCCCCGGCGCUUUAUACACCGUCGCUGCGCGCGCCUCCCUCAACCUUCCCCCGGUAAUGUUGCAUGCCCACUACCAACGGACCUACGGCUUCGCUAUCAUCAUCGCGCUGUGCUUGAACUACGUCCUUGUAGCCAUGCGUGCAAAUGACAGCGAAAGCAACUUUAAGCCCGACGCGGCGUAUCUCGCACGGGAGAUGCUCAAUAUCGCGGAAAACGCCGUGGCGUACCGUCCGCUAGGAGCUUCAUUUGUGCCACUGGGGUUGCUUGCUGCGAGAAUGGCUGUUGGGAUUGACAAUGAUGAGUGCAACGCCCAGCCUCAGCCUCUUGUGGAUGAGCUGCAGCGCUGGUACCUGGAUUACCAGGCGGAUUUCAAUGGGGAGGGGCAUGAACAGGCCAGGCUGGAAAAGAUAUUUGGUAGAUUGCGCCCGCUCGAGAUCUAA